GAUAGGUAUAAAGGACAACGGGUCAGUACAAACAUGGCGAAUAUAUAAGUUGGUCAGUGGCACAGUGCCUCACAGUCCAGGCAGUGACCGCCAAGGAAUUAUGCAGGACCUCACAUUAGCCACCAUGAAAUUUCUGAUAGUGCUGUGUCUGAUGGCGGUGGGAGCCCAAGCCCAGUAUAUGAAAACUGGCAUCGUUAUGCCCGACGGUGUGAACAUCCAGUUCAGUCACGACCAGGCCGAAAACAUCCUUCUGAUCGGGCCUUCUGGCGUCAUCACUGCUGACGGUAAGCACGUGCAGCUGACCCGAGAUAAACUUCCCGCCGCCCGCACCAAGCGUGAAGUGGACUUGCAGGGACCUUCCGGCGUGAUCUUUGUGGGCGGACAACAGAGGCAGCUUCCUCCUGGUGUGGAAAUCGUCCUCAUGACAAAGGCUGGCGCCGUUCUCUCCAACGGUGAUAACGUCCAGUUCCGUAAGAAACGUUCCUCCCCCCUUAUCGACGCUCUCAGGAGCUUCUAAGGCUACAUCACCACCAACGGGCAGCUGCACCAGCUUCCUCCUAGCAUCGCUGUCGCCAUCGAGCGCUCUAUUUUACGAUGGAAUUGCCAUACAGUUCUUCGAGUAAAUUCAUGCACUCCACUCACAACCCUGCCCUGUCAUCGAGGUGUCCUCUGCGUCACCAUGAACACGAAGCCACAUCUUCAACACAGCAACUGAUGCUGACUUCAUAAUUAAAUGUAAAUUUCAAAUAAAUAUGAAAUUGAUAUAAAAUUUUUAAAGAAA